UUGCAAAUCGUGGUUGGCCUCUCAUCCGAAUCUCCAUGGCAAGUAACUCUUCAUCACUUUCAUCCCAGCUCUCAUGUUCAUCAUCAUCCCUUUCAGUGUCUUCCUCCUCUUCCUCUUCCUCAUCAUCUUCGCUCUGCUCGGCAUGCAGCUGUUUGGAGGAAAGUUCAACUUCGACGAGACGCAGACUAAACGCAGUACCUUCGACGCCUUCCCACAGGCACUGCUCACCUGCUUCCAGAUCCUGACAGGUGAGGACUGGAAUGUGGUCAUGUAUGAUGGCAUCAUGGCAUAUGGAGGCCCAGUGUUUCCAGGGAUGAUCGUCUGUGUCUACUUCGUCAUCCUCUUCAUCUGUGGUAACUACAUUCUGCUGAACGUCUUCUUGGCCAUCGCUGUGGACAACCUGGCUGGAGGAGAAAGAGACAAGAAGAAAAAAGAUAAGAAGAAGGAGGGAGCUGAGGAGGAGGAGGCUGAAGAAGGAGAAGUGAAGGUGGAUGUGGAUGAAGACACCGAGUACGAGGAGGAAGAGGACCUUCCAGAUGGAAAAGAUGGAGGAGUCCAGUUAAAGAUGGCUGAUCUUACUCCUCCCAAAGAGAAGGUUCUUCCAAUCCCAGAAGGCAGUGCGUUCUUCUGCCUCAGCAAAACAAACCCCAUCCGCGUGGCCUGUCACUCUCUGAUCCACCACCACAUCUUCACAAACCUCAUCCUCAUCUUCAUCAUCCUCAGCAGCUGCUCAUUGGCUGCUGAGGAUCCAAUCAGAGCUCACUCCUUCAGGAACAACAUUCUGGGUUAUGCAGACUACGCCUUCACCUCCAUCUUCACUGUGGAGAUCCUGUUAAAGAUGACGGUCCAUGGUGCAUUCCUCCAUCAAGGCUCUUUCUGCAGAAACUGGUUUAACCUGUUGGAUCUGCUGGUUGUCAGCGUCUCACUGGUCUCCUUCUUCCUGCACUCCAGUGCGAUCUCAGUGGUGAAGAUCCUGCGCGUGCUCAGGGUGCUCAGACCUCUGAGAGCCAUCAACAGAGCCAAAGGACUCAAGCACGUGGUGCAGUGUGUGUUCAUGGCCAUCAGGACCAUUGGAAACAUCAUGAUCGUCACAGCUCUGCUGCAGUUCAUGUUCGCCUGUAUCGGAGUCCAGCUCUUCAAGGGUAAAUUCUUUCGCUGCACAGACGAGGCCAAACACACUCCUGAACAGUGCAAAGGAACGUUUGUUGUGUACAAAGAUGGAGACGUGACUCACCCCAUGGUCCGAGAGAGGAUCUGGCAGAACAGCGACUUCAACUUCGACAGCGUGUUGAUGGGGAUGAUGGCGCUCUUCACCGUGUCCACCUUCGAGGGCUGGCCUGCCCUGCUGUAUAAAGCCAUUGACGCGAACAGGGAGAACACUGGUCCCAUCUACAACUACCGGGUGGAAAUCUCCGUCUUCUUCAUUGUCUACAUCAUCAUCAUUGCCUUCUUCAUGAUGAACAUCUUUGUGGGCUUCGUCAUCAUCACCUUCAGAGAGCAAGGGGAGCAGGAGUACAAGAACUGUGAGCUGGACAAGAACCAGCGUCAGUGUGUGGAGUACGCUCUGAAGGCUCAGCCACUGAAGCUCUACAUCCCAAAGAACCCGGUUCAGUACAAGUUCUGGUACAUCAUCAACUCAACAGGGUUUGAAUACGUCAUGUUCGUCCUCAUCCUGCUCAACACCGUCACUCUCGCUGUCCAGCACUAUGAACAGUCGAAAACCUUCAGCGACACCAUGGACAUCCUCAACAUGGUGUUUACUGGACUCUUCACUGCGGAGAUGCUGCUGAAGCUGCUGGCUCUCCAACUCAGGCAUUACUUUGUGGAUGCCUGGAACUCGUUUGACGCUCUGAUCGUGGUUGGCAGCGUGGUCGAUAUCGUCGUCACUGAGUUCAGUAGUGCAGAGGACAGCUCCCGAGUAUCCAUCACCUUCUUCCGUCUUUUUCGAGUGAUGCGAUUGGUCAAGCUGCUGAGUAAAGGGGAGGGGAUUCGUACGCUGCUGUGGACCUUCAUCAAAUCGCUGCAGGCUCUGCCCUAUGUCGCUCUGCUCAUUGCCAUGAUCUUCUUCAUCUACGCCGUCAUUGGCAUGCAGAUGUUUGGGAAAAUAGCGAUGCAGGACAACACUCAGAUCAACAGAAACAACAACUUUCAGACUUUUCCUCAGGCUGUUCUCCUCCUCUUCAGGUGUGCCACAGGUGAGGCGUGGCAGGAGAUCAUGCUGGCCAGUCUUCCAGGGAAACGCUGUGACCCUGACUCUGACUACGAACCAGGAGAAGAGUUCAGCUGUGGCAGCAACUUUGCCAUCGUGUACUUCAUCAGCUUCUUCAUGCUGUGUGCCUUCCUGAUCAUCAACCUGUUUGUCGCUGUCAUCAUGGACAACUUCGACUAUCUGACACGUGAUUGGUCGAUUCUGGGACCACAUCAUUUGGAUGAGUUUAAGAGGAUCUGGUCGGAAUACGACCCUGAGGCCAAGGGUCGUAUAAAACACCUGGACGUUGUGGCUCUGCUCAGGAGGAUUCAGCCUCCCCUGGGGUUUGGGAAGCUCUGUCCUCACAGAGUGGCCUGUAAGCGUCUGGUAGCCAUGAACAUGCCUCUGAACUCUGAUGGGAUGGUGACCUUCAAUGCCACGCUCUUCGCUCUGGUUCGCACCGCCCUCAAGGUCAAGACUGAAGGCAACCCUGAGCAGGAGAACGAGGAGCUGAGGGCAAUCAUCAAGAAAAUCUGGAAGAGGAUGAAACCAAAGCUACUGGACGAAGUCAUACCACCACAUGAAGAGGAGGAAGUCACCGUUGGAAAGUUUUACGCGACUUUCCUGAUCCAGGAUUAUUUCAGGAAGUUCAGGAAGAGGAAGGAGAAAGGAGCUCUGGCUGGAGAGUCCAGUUCCUCCAACCCUUCUGCUGUCCAGCUGUGUAAAGCUGGUCUGAAGACUCUGCAGGAUCUGGGUCCAGAGAUUCGACUGGCUCUGAGCAAGGACCUGGAGGAGGAGGAGGCCUUGAUGGAGGAGGGGGAGCUGGAGGGUGAAAAUAGGUUUGGACCGGAGAAAGAUCUACAAGGCUCAACACUGAUGACACCCACAGGUGACGACGGAAUGUCCAACAGAGGUCUGAUCCACCGGGCUGGGUCCCUCACCAAGACGGCAAAUGGCAGCGAACAUGAUGGACAACUUUGCUCUGGAGAGAACAUGAGGUCAUCUGUCAGUCAUCACCGCCACCCGUCACUGAAGAAUGGCCUGCUGGACCACGCCCAGAGAAGACCGUCAUACUACAGACAUGGAAGAGGACACUCAAGGGACAAGUACUGGAGGAACGGAGACACGGAGACAUAUGGAGAACAGGGUCACUGCAGCAGAGAGGAAGACCAGGUCAGCAUCACCUCCAGAGACAGACAUUACCCUGAUGAGCCUCCACUGUACAGAGAACACUAUGAUGGCCACGCCCCCUACACCAACAGUAGCUACAGUAACAGUUACAACAGGGGCAAGAGGACGACCCGGAGACGCCUUCUUCCUGCCACGCCCACAGGUCUCAAACCGCCCUUUAACAUCCAGUGUCUGGGCAGGCAGGGCAGCAGUGACGACCUGCCCCUCCCCGGGACGUACCACCUCACCUCGCCACCAUGCCGCGCACGCACACAGAUGUUCAGCAGCUAUGAGUCACGUCAAUCCUCGGCUCUCUGCUCGGGGGCCUCCUCAACGUCCUGGGCGAACCCGUGCCCCCGCCGUGGUUGCCUCCUCUACGCUCCGCUCAUCCUGGUGGAGGAGGAAGACAACCUGCCCUGGGGGGACAGAGCAGGACACAGGGAGGAAGAGAAGACGGGAGGAGCAGGAGGAGGUGUGAGCAUAACAGGUGCAGCGCCCAAACCGGCCUGGUACAGUGGCCCUGCAGGGACAUCAGCUGCAGCUCCUCCUCCAUACCGAGCCUACACCACCCUCAGAGUUGCCCCUCAGCUCGGGGCCCAGCUCACUGAGAAACGAGGCUCAGCUGACAGUCUGGUGGAGGCGGUCCUGAUCUCGGAGGGUCUCAGUCUUUAUGCUCGGGAUCCAAAGUUUGUGGCAUUUGCGAAGUGGGAGAUCGCAGAUGCAUGUCACAUGACGGUGGAUGAGAUGGAGUCGGCUGCCAAUGACCUCCUCGGCUCAGGGAGCCACAAUUUCCUGGGCAAAGCCACCGCCGCCCAUGCCACACUCUACAGUGAUGAGGAGCCGGUCAGGACAGGCCGUGAUGAGGAUGAACUGGCUGAUGAGAUGACCUGUGUGACAUCAUUCUGACACUGUGGACCAAUCAGGAGAGAGCAGCAGAGGCGGAGCAUCAGAAAUGUUUGGACCUGUGGGGUUUGAUUGACAGGACCUUUGACCAAGACUUUUGGCUGAAAUCACUGGCUGCAGGACUCACACGUGUACCAAAACGAACACACACGCACAUCAAAUGACCAUGUGUUGCCACGCUUAACACAUGUUAACAAAACAACAUAAUGAUCUGGACAUUAAAGCAGCAAAUGAGGACAUACUGGUACUGCAAGUACCUUAACCACAUGAAGUACUGGUGUACUUUGACGACUGAGACAGUUACACUACAUGAACUGAUACUUUAAGUAGAGUACAUGAAGUACUCAUGUCUUCCUGGGUCCUACUGGUCCUGUGGGUUCCUGUCCAAGUUCAGCUCCAUCUGCAGGAGCUUCACUCACUUCUGACCGGACAGUUAAUUAUGGAGGCUCAGCAUCUGGACACAUCUGUCCAUCAGCCCGAGGCUCCUCCUACACACACA